AUGAAAGUGGAACAGAAAGCGCAUCAGGAACAGAUUAUGGUCGAUAAGAAUAUGGAUACCUGCACACAGGAAGCAACCCCGGAUGAGUUUGACCCUGAGUUUACCCCAGAGCUAGAUUACGGCGACCAGUACGAUAUCUGUGCAGAAAAUGAUGACAGCAUGAGCGACGAGGGGAAAAUGUUCCAACGACAACAACGCAGCGACAACGACGACAGGUUUUUUGAGGAAGAACAGGAAGCCUACAGCUUUGAGGAAGAACAGGAAUCAUACGAGGGCGAUGAGGGUGACGAAGGUCAUAGGAAAGAAGGCAACCGGGAGAAGACGGCAUAA